CAAAGAAGACAGCAGAGAGUUAUUGCAAAAUGUGCACGAACGCUUCAGCUCUGAUUCCUUAUGGAAUCAAAGUCCCCAAUCCAGCAGGAGGAUUUACUCAAUUUACCAACGGGAUGACGCAGGCUGCUUUUGAUUAUCACCGGGCUCAGUUGUACGAUUACACUCGUUUGGCUGCUUAUGGAAUACGGGGCUAUCCUGCAGGGGCCCAUCAUGCUCUGACCUACCACCCUCACGCUCAGGACCAAUUGGCUCACGCAUUUCUCUACAAUAAACACGACCCAAGGGCUCGUUUCAUUCACGAGGAACCGAAACCAAGCCACAGCUACAUCGGACUUAUUGCAAUGGCAAUAUUAAGUGUUCGAGAUAAUAAACUUGUUUUGAGUGACAUCUACCAGUGGAUAUUGGACAAUUAUGCAUACUUCAGGACCCGUGGCCCGGGAUGGAGAAACAGCAUUCGACACAACUUAUCACUGAACGAUUGCUUUAUCAAGUCUGGUAGGAGCGCAAACGGUAAGGGACAUUAUUGGGCGAUCCAUCCCGCCAAUGUUGAAGAUUUCAAAAAGGGCGAUUUCCGUAGGAGAAGGGCACAGCGAAGAGUCCGUAAGCACAUGGGGUUGUCUGUACCUGACGACGAGGACAGUCCAACACCUCCACCUGUUACCGCUACGCCUCCGAGCUGGCAAAACGGAGUACUUGUGACCGAUUCUCACCCAGAUAGUCAAGAUUCCAAUGGCGCUAAAUCACCUUCGUUAUGUAACCAGCGUACAGUAGCCAUAGCGGCAAUCGCACCACCUCCGCCAAAGAAACGUAUGUUCGACGUUGAGAGCUUACUUGCUCCGGACAAUGUAGACAUUCGCAAAGAACGUGAUAUUCAAACUCAUAGUCCAAAUAGUGUUGUUACCGACCUCCGAGUUGAUCGCAGUAUAGGACACUGUUCACCAAUGCAGGACAGACCGGAGGAUCUCAGCGAGGACCGAAGAUCACCUGUUUCCAUUCAUGGACAGCUCUCUCCUCAUUCUGAAGACGGCAGAAGGAGUGCUCAAGACAGUCCGAAUGUUAUCCGCGCUUCUCCUCGUGACGAUUUACAACGUGGAUGGCCGGUAACAGUACCUGCUAUACCUGCAGUGUGGCGGGAAGGACCAAGUGCAUUUCACUCCGCGAAUCCGGCAACUGCUAUUGCAUGGAGCACUCUAUCACCUCACGGGUAUCCCAUCAUGAGUGCGCCGUACCCGCUUCCAGCAGUCCCGCACACUAUUGAUUCGGCUCAGCAAUGGCAGGAGACAUUCUCAAAAAUCAUGGCAAGAUCCUAUGACAAAAAUCCCAAAGUUGAAAUAUCUUGAAAUCGACAAUAAAUUAACUAUCAACUGCUUAAAUUGUGUAAUAAUAUUUAUGUUGUUACUGGUAUAUAGUUCUUGGCAUGCAACCAUGAAAUAUGAUCAGGAUUUCUUUGGACACUGUGAGUUUCUGACGAUGUCACUGCAUGUGAAACACCUAUGACAAUUUAUUAAGCUGCAAAAUGUGAGUAGGAGUGUGAAACACAGGAUGUAUCAUGUAAGUCAAUUUAGAAAUAAUUUAUUCCUAUUCGACAAUUUGAAAUUGUCCCAUAUUUGCGCUGGGUCUAUAGUGUAAUUUCGAGUACUAACCGGAGUGUGAUAUAUCAGCUUUCCGUUACUUCCUUUAAAACUAAGACAUUGUCCACAAGGGUAAUAUUUCUUGGCAAUCUGAAUGAAUCAUUUCUGAAAGAGGGGCACAUCCCAGGGAGGACCGUAGCUUAUGCAAUGUUUUAUUGGGCGUCGAAACCAACAGCAACGAAUUUAUUUCACUAUCUGACGAAGCAGUUUAUUCUUUAAAUUAUUAUUCAUAUCAGAGUUAUCAACGCUAUAGGUUGCAAAAACUUUCCUGCACCGAGCUGACAUUCACCCCUUUAUACUUAAUAUACUUAAAAUUUGUCACAGAAUAUAUUUGCAUCAAGGCACAAAACUAAAUUAGGGGACCACGCCGAAUUCGUUUAAUAUAUAUAAGUUAGACUAGACAGUCCGAUUUUCAUUCGAAAUCAUAAGUAAUUUUCUUUGCGAAUUAUCAGAAAUUCUAUCAAGUUUGGUUAUGAAAUACGCACUCUGUCGUCGUAUGAUGACCAAGAGUUGAUAUUGCAAACUUUGUCUCCCGCAAAAUCUAUAAAGGUGUCCACUUUAAAAAACAUCUGAAUCAACCGCUUUUUUCAGUCUGUAUAAAAGAUGUUCAUAAAUUGAUACUUUUUCUGGGACUACAGGUGCAGUUCGGUAGAAUCAUGGACUUAUGUUCGGGUUUGAAAAUCAAUAUAUAUUGCUCUGGAGCCAACGGUACAAACAGGAUGCGACUACACUUGGGAUUCUGAAGAGUCUAGUACUUCACGAACUCGUCCGUAAAAUGUUCUAUCCCGGGUAUUAACAGUCGAUAUUUCAAGUUUGUAUAAUUCAUAUUUCACUCCACUGUAAGCGUCUGUACAAAAAAUAGGUCCGUGAUAAACAGCAGCCAAAUCAUUAAAACUUCAUCCUAAAAAUCGUUUAACAAUAAAGCAGCAGGUUUACUAUCGUGCACAUUACAUUCAUAAACAUAAUUCUGGCUUUGUAUUCCAUACUUUGUCUUAAUUAAGCUCUGGUAAAGAAUCACCUUUCUUAGUGCCUUACAUAAGGUUGAUUUAAUACGCGGAAAAUGACUAUUUUGUUCUAUGACUUCAUUGACGAAAUGUCUGGCUCUGCUAGAGCUUGCCAAAACUGCCAAGUUCCCUCCAUCAGCCGACGCGGUGUACUAGACUACCCCGUGAGUAGUAUCGAUCGGCUUUCCCUUAUUCAAGCAAUCAAGUCACUUGAAGCUUAGUGCUGUGUAUCCCGAUAGUUAAAGGUACUGUAGUUUCAUAAAUGUAAGACAACGUCAUCAAUUUACACGAGGAAAUCGACGCAAAGGCCAUGCAAAACAUGACGUCAUAUCCAUCGGAAAAAUUGGGGUCGCCGACUGAUUAAUUUCCUAAUUGAACAUGUUGAAUAACAUCCCACGACCAUGUGCCUAUAUUUAGGCUUAACUUGUACACAUGUAUAUAUUUCGAAACGGUCUCAGACUGGUGAAACUAGAUUAUAAUCAAAAAUGUAGCAGUAAACGAUUACAUUAGCUGAAUAUUUAUUUGAUGCCAGUCCCGACUGUCUGUACUAGAGCAGUGGCCGAGUGCAGAACUCUGAGUGUUUUGCCGACAAACCAUAUUGUUGCUACGCGGCGAUGUUUUGCAACCACUCAUGGUUGUUUGGCGGUUUCGAACUAGAGCUUUGUACCUCGAUUACCUCCGAGGCAAGUCAGUUCGAUAGGUUGGCGUAGACCCAGUGGGCGAAUUGCGCGAUGCAACUUGGAUUUCCCUUCAGCAAAGCAAAUAUUAGCAAAUCUUAUCUCAUUUCUUUAUCGCGAUUGGGAUAUCACCAUGUCACUUGCAGUCAUAUUAGUAUUUUAUAUCUCAUGGAAAUGUCAGUCAAACAAGAAUGUGUUAUAAAUAGACGAUGACUUACAUGGCGAAUUUAUUCAAAGUAUCAUUGGUUUGAAUUUUCGAUUACGGGACAGUACAAAAUAUAUUAUUUUCAUCCAACUUUGAUAUCAACGAUAAAUAAAAGUAGGAAUCGUACAGCAAUAUCUUCCAGAUAUACAAUACCGAAGCAACUAGUUCCGACAGUGGUCUCUCAUUCUUGCAAAACCUUUUAUUGCAGCGGUUUUACUGUUCCAAAAGAACUAAAAUUAAUAUUAAGAUGAAUUAAAGUUAAAUUAAUGUGAUAAAUACAGUAAUGGAUAAUUCCAUUCAAUAUUCUGAUAUUUUUGUUGGAAAAUACGCUAAAUGAAAUAAUAUCUAAACCGCUUUCACCUUGUAUUUGAGACGUUGAGAAAUAGAUUUUGAAUUAACGGAAAACAAAUAACAAUACAUGUAAGUGAAACUGAAUAAAUAGCCAACCACGUACUUCAACUUGAAAACAAAAAACAUCAUUUUAGAUGUAAGUAAGUAUAUAAAGUUUCUUGGUACCACAAUUGAGUCAAUUAAUGGAUUCUUAAAUAGCUUUUUAAAGAAAAAUCAUAAGUCAGCGCAGUCAGUGGCAGUUUUCAGCAAUUUUAAGAUGUGAGAUACGCGAGUCACCAUCAGUAUAUGUAAAUGGAAGUUUCAGAAAAUUGAUAUAUCAUAUUGUCUGGUGUUGCGUUAUCAAUCUACGAUUAUUUGUUUAUGUAUUUAUUGCAUUGGUUAUAUUUUGAUUUCAAUGUGCUAUUACCACAGACUUUUCUGUUACGAUGCGGCGUUUUGCGAGAAGCAGGUUUCGUAUCACUUAUAAGAGCUAUACGAACGAUAAGUACGAAGUAUUUUAAAUGCAUUUUGUCACCAUCAGUCUUUUAAAAGUUUCUCGAUUCCUUCUUCAACUACGAAAGAUGGUUUACAGUUCUUGCGCAAAUGAAUUAGUUCAGAACUUGAUAAGACAACUGACCUUCAUAUUUCGUAUAUUUCGUCGCUCGUACCGAUUGCGAAACCUGCCAGUUUUGUCUGUAACAUGUUUGUGUUCGAACUGUGAUACAUACUUCACAAAUAUAUUUGGUAGAUCCGCAGAUAACCCUGCGUUAUAGCAACCUAAAUCUUUAAAUCAAGCUUUUGUUACUUCCUUGGUAUUCUUCUAACCUAUGAAAAUCGGAACUAAAAUUAGAAAAUUAUCUUCAGUUUCGAAAUGAAAAAUAAUUUAAUAGUAAUUCAUUCAAACAUUUUCUAGUAAGUUUCCUGCUGUGGCGAAAAUUUCCGACGGUGUGGAUAAUUGAUUAGUACAGCUGUUUUUCUAAUGGUGUGAAGAAAACUUUUUUGUACGUGACAUGAUUGUGCGGAACAGUAGAUCCUACAUCACAUCAACACGAUGAAGGACUUUUCUCUACAAUGACUUAACUUGAAAAUAUACUGUAGAAUGUCAUAGUCCGUGGGUACAAACGGCAAAAAUCGCUGGGAACUAUUCGCACAAUAAAUUUGCGAUUGACUGGUUUGUAAUCAUUCUUGUAGUCAGUCCAUCAUGUCAUUGUUAUGUAAGUUACAAAAAUGUACUAUCCUCUGUGGUUAAGUAAUAAAUCGUGUAUGUAUAUAAAUUUGAAAGAGUCUUGCUGUUUUAUG